CAAAAAUGGAGCCUCUCACAACUGCUUAUCCUCUGAAGUACUCAAUCCCCAAAGCCAGGGUCUUUGUUGUCUCUCUGUCGAUGGUUUUGUGUACUGCCAUCCUCUGCCUGUUACAACUCAGAUUUUUUAAACCUAAAAUCAAAGAUUUUUAUUCUUUCGAAGUCAAAGAUUCACGAGGAAGGAUCGUUUCCUUGGAGAAGUACAGAGGGAAAGCAACUUUGGUUGUAAACGUGGCCAGUUACUGCCAACACACAGACAAAAAUUACAUAGCGCUGCAAGAACUACACAGAGAGUUUGGUCCCUCCCACUUCACUGUGCUGGCUUUUCCCUGCAACCAGUUUGGAGAAUCAGAGCCUAGUUCAAGCCAGGAAAUAGAAUCUUUUGCCAAAGGAAACUAUGGAGUAACCUUCCCUGUUUUCCACAAAAUCAAGAUCCUAGGAUCAGAAGCAGAGCCCGCCUUUAAAUUUCUAAUAGAUUCUUCAAAGAAAGAGCCUCGAUGGAAUUUCUGGAAGUACCUUGUCAGCCCAGAGGGUAAAGUUGUGAAAUUCUGGAGACCUGAAGAGCCCAUAGAAAGUAUAAAGCCAGAAGUAACAUCAUUAAUUAGGCAGAUUAUAAUGAAAAAAAGAGAAGACCUCUGAAAAAGCUGCUCAUGCCGUGAAUCCAUUCAGUACAACUUUACUACAUUCCUGGGAAAUACUACUAGAAGCUAAACCAUCAGGUGACUUGACUUCUCUUUGGUGUUAGUCUUUUCAGCUACACUAUGUCAAUUAAUGUUGGAUUGGCCCCUGCAACAGCAUUGAGAACCAAUGAGCUU